AUGGAGUCGCUAUACAGUAUGCCGCUGCCUUUCCAGCGCCGCCUGACGAAGAUGUAUACCGACACCAAGAGCUCCUAUGAUUUCCUCAAGGAGCCGGUCCAGGCCGCCGAGGACCCAGAGCUGGUGCAAUUGCAUCGCAAGCUGCGCAUUCAAAAGGAUAGACUGGUCUCAUGGGGCUUGGAAUGGUCGGAUCAUCCCUCUCAGUCACCUGACAUCGAUGAAUCCAUCAACAAGGCCGGAUUGAGUGAGCUGGUGGGAAGUGUCAUGUCGACAAUCAAGGAGAUCUUGGCUGAGGCGGAACCAUUAUGGCAAUCUUCGAAGCGGUUGUCGUCAGAUGAGAAAUACCCCAUUCAAGAGAAGGCGGUGGACCGCAAACAGUCGUUGAUAACCUGGGACAAGUCAAGAUUCCAAGAUCUUGUUCGGGAUUUGACCAUGUCCAUCGAUACACUGUACGAUCUUUCAAGGACCCGGCAAUCAUCACGAAGAAGUCAGCCGCUGAAAUCGGAUUCUUCGGCCUCAUUGACCAAAACACACGCUGCGGAAGAAAGACUAUUCGAAUCUACGCGAAUGUCAACCCCACAACAAAUCGACCCGGACACAAUCAUCUGGCCAAGAAAUCUCAAAGGCAUACAGAGCAGUAUGUUACAGCCAGCUAAGUCUCAAAGACAAAUUGUGUAUAUGCGCCGUCCAACUUCUCCUUCCGAUUCCCGGAAACAUGAACAACAGCUUCCUCUAGUUCCAGUGCUUUUGGAAUAUGCACCUUACAAUCCUAUAUAUUCUGUAACUGGGAUUACUCCUUCAUUAACACGUUUCGAAAAACUCUUUGCUGCUCUUUCUCAAUCUUAUAUAUCAGCUGGAAAAUCUCUGUCUGGCCUUCUGAACCUUAUUGGAUAUUUCGAAGAACCACAGGACUCCAGAUUUUGUCUUUUAUUCGCACUUCCUUCACAUUUUGGACCCAUUGAUAUCGAAAGCCCUAGGAUACCCUCUAUUUCAUUUUUGUCAGAUAUGCUAUUUAGCCCUUAUGAGCCGAGUCUCGAAAUCAAAUAUCGUCUAGCACACAAUGUCGCUACCGCAGUUUUCGAUUUGCAUUCCAAGGGCGUGGUUCAUGGUAGCCUCGUCCCCUCUAACAUUUUAUUCAUCGAGCAUCAAGCUCAGGCGACGAGCCGGGUUGAUAUGGGGCAAAUCAAUAUCCGGCAGUCUUUUUUGUCUUCUUAUGAUCUCUUUUCUGACAAUGCUUCAGACAAUCCUGAGAGUAGUGACAUAGUUAAAUCACUUUACAGACAUCCUUUGGACCCGAGGACAACUCGAUAUACCCAUCUCACGUCCGAAAGCAAGUCACUUGACCUUUACAGUCUUGCUAUGCUUCUUAUGGAAAUUGGUUUGUGGACCUCGCUAUCAGAGGUUUUCCCUAUGGUGGAUACCGUUCCAGAAAAUCCCGUUGCAGUCUUCAAGCAGUUGGCCACAAGAUGCGGAACUCUUUAUAUGAAGGCCGUACAGGCAUGCUGGCGUGCUCCCGAGGAUGAGCUUUCCCAAAAAGCGAGAGCCGAUGUUAUGCACCAGAAAACAUUUUGGAAAGUUUCCAAGGCAUUGCAAACCUGUUGUGCACUUGAUGAGAGUGGAGAAGAGGAAAAUACGGAUACCGAGGAUGCCACGCCUACGCAAAAAAUCUCUCGUUCAUCAACACCUCGGAGAGGAUUGAGAGAGCAAAAAAGCCAGGCUUUCGCUUCGCCAACAUCAGCUGCUCGCUCAGCUUGGUCUGAAAAGCCAUCUUACACCGCCGCUCCCAUUGUCGCCGCUCCUGAGACUUAUUGGCCUGAAAAGACAGCAGCUAAGAUCUCUGGUAUGAAACAACCCAGAAACACAAUAAAGUCAAUCCACUUACAUAUGGCAGCACCGCCACUCCAACAGGUGGAAAAUUCCAAACCCAAACUUCGAACAUAUCCGGCAAUUCCUAUUAGUCAAGAACAUCUUGACUUUUGGCAUACGGGGCUCAUGCCACAUAUCAAUCACGUAUUUCGUGGAUUUUAUCGGAAAUAUCCCGAGUCCAUUGAAAUCAGUCUCGAAAGCAUCGGCGAAUCACCUACAACGACAAAGCCUACCAUACUUGUCAUCUGUACAAGCGUUCAGAAGAUUCGAAGCAUAUUGAAGAAACAUUUGGUGUAUGACAAGUCGACUUAUGGACUCAAGGUGUGCCGUGGCAAGGUCGUUCGAUCGAGAAACAAGGGUGCGAGACGGUCAAUGGCCAAUGAGUUCAGUGGGGAUAUCAAGCCGGCCAACACUGACCAUCAGCCACAACCCAACAAUGGUGCAUCGAUCGGUGCAUUUGUGAACUCGAGACACCUGCCACCAGUCUCUCUUGGUGGCUUAAUUAUGAUUGAUGACAAGCCGUACGGAAUGACUGUCCAUCAUAUGCUUGAUGACCCAGAAGAGGAAGAAGAGAUUGAGCCCCAGGAACCCAUACUUCGAUCCAGCGCGCACGGCGACGUACCUGAUCUAACAUAUUCCGAAUCUUCAGAAUAUUGCAGCAGCGGUGACGAAGAAUUCAUGUAUCAGCUUUCCGACUGUGAGUCCGAUUUCGGUUCAGAAACAGCUUCUGAUUCUGAAUUCGACGAAUCUGAGUACGGCGACGAGAGUGGUGGAGAAGAGGAGCCAGGAGAUAUAGAAGGUAUUCCUGAAGACUGUGGGGAAGGCUAUUUCAUAACCCAGCCUGCCAUCGACGAUGUUGAUGAACUCUUCUACCCCGAUGAAGAAACUCGUGACUCCGAUCAUUUGGAUUCAUACGAGCUUGGAGAGGUCUAUGCUUCUUCUGGUAUUAGACGUCGCAAUGAAGAGGGAACUGUACAUGAGAUUGAUUGGGCUUUAUUUAAGUUCAAAGACGAUCGUUGUCCAACAGAAAACAAGAUCAAGGGUGAGAGUUUCUGUCAACAGAAAGAAGGCGAGUAUCCACGCGGAGUAGCGGCAAAUAGAGAACUUGGUAACUUGGAGGUUCACUGUAUGGCACGAACAUCAGGUCUUCAAACCGGACGCAUUCUACCAGGAAUGGUAAUUGUCAAAAUCUAUGGACGUCAAACACCAUCCAGCAGCUACCAAGUCGCAGGCAAACUCGGUGUUCCAGGUGAUUCCGGAGCUUGGGUCGUAGACAACGAGCAAGGUCGAGCUUGUGGUCACGUUCUCGCCUGGAGCAGCCGAAAGAAAGCUGCCUACAUCUGCCCAAUGGACAUCCUAAUUCGUGAUAUCCAAGAAACGCUCCAAGCGAAAAGCAUCCACCUACCAGGGGGAGAAGACCUCAUCACGAGUAACAUCUCACGAACAACCAACUCCCACUCUCUAGCGAGUGUAGAAGCACCUAGCCCCAAAAUCGCAACCAACCAAGACGAAGAACUCUCCACUCUCUUCCGAGAACUCAAACUCCCUCCUACACCAGAUCAAACCGGUCUGGGUCUCGAUCGAACCUCUUACCUCCUUCCCCCUCACCACAACCCCCUCCCUUCUCCCGGCGAAGAAAAGGAUUUCCCGCAGCCUAUCAUUACGAGAUCCGCUGCUAUCCGUGAGACAGGCGAUCACCAUUUCUCCAUCCCGAUUAGUAUUGUUAGUGGUGGCUCGGAGGGGAAGAAUGGGAUGAGACAUAAUAUCACUUCGUUUCAGAGUGGGAGGGAGAGUGUGAUUCUUGCGGCAGAGGAGAUGGGGGAUGGGGAGGUGGAGUUAGAUUUGGAUAGGGAGAUGGAAUUGGGCAAGACGGCUAUGGUGUGA